CCCAGGUGCUGCCGGAGGGACCCCGGGCUGAGACACCCCCCCCCCAGCGGCCACAGGUGCGGUGACACGGGGGGACGGGGGCCGCCAUGGGGGUGCUCCCCCUGCCCCUCCCCCUCCUGCUGCUGGUCGCGGGGACCCCGGUGUCGGGGCUGCAGCUCGACGGGCACCUCGACCUGGGCAGGUGUCGCUUCGCCCUGGGCAUGGAGGACGGUUCCAUCCCCGACAGCCACCUCUCGGCCUCCAGCGCCUGGUCCGACUCCACCGCCGCCCGCCACGGCCGGCUGGGUCGCAGCGAUGGGGACGGUGCCUGGUGUCCCGCGGGUCCCGUCUUCCCAGAGGAGGAGGAGUUCCUGGAGGUGGACCUGGGUCGGCUGUACUUGGUGACACUGGUGGGGACACAGGGACGUCACGCCGGUGGCCACGGCAGGGAGUUCGCCCGCGCCUACCGGCUGCGCUACAGCCGCGACCGGCACCGCUGGCUGCGCUGGAGGGACCGGUGGGGCGCUGAGGUGAUCGGGGGCAACGAGGACCCCGAGGGGGUGGUGCUGAAGGACCUGGCGCCCCCACCCGUGGCCCGGGCGCUGCGUGUCUACCCCCGGGCCCCCCGCGCCAUGAGCGUCUGCCUGCGCCUGGAGCUCUACGGCUGCCCCUGGGACGCCGGGCUCCUGUCCUACACGGCGCCACGGGGACAGGUGAUGGCCCUUGACCCCGCACCCGUUGUCCUCAAUGACUCCACCUACGAUGGAUACAGCGUUGGCCCGCUGCAGUUUGGGGGGCUGGGCCAGCUGACGGACGGGGUGCUGGGGUUGGACGACUUCAUGAGGAGCCGCGAGCGACGCCUGUGGCCGGGCUACGACUACGUGGGGUGGCACCGCCCCCCCGGCCCCCGCCCCCACGUGGAGCUGGAGUUCGAGUUCGAGGGUCUCCGGGCCUUCAGCGCCAUGCAGGUUCACUGCAACAACAUGCACACGCGGGGGGUGAGCAUCUUCGGGGAGGUGGAGUGUCGCUUCAAGAGGAGCUUGGCCACGGCCUGGGAGCCCACCCCGGUCACCCACAGCCUGGGUGGGGCCGUCAAGGACCCCAGCGCCCGCUCGGUCACUGUGCCCUUGGGGGGGCGCCAGGCCCGCUUCAUCCAGUGUCACUUCUUCUUCACCGGGGAGUGGAUGCUCUUCAGUGAGGUCACCUUCCUCUCAGAUGUGGUGGAGGAGGCGGGGGGUGCCAGUGGGUGGCCCCCAGCCGCCCCCCCUGACCCCUCGGCGGGGGUCAUGGCCGUCCCUGAGGGCUCCUGGCACGGGGGCGUGGCUACCAACCUCACUACCCCAGCCCCCGGGGAGCCCAAACCAGGGCAGCCAGUGGCCAAAGCUGACCACAGCCACACCUCCAUCCUGAUUGGCUGCCUGGUGGCCAUCAUCUUGCUCCUAUUGGGCGUCAUCUUCCUCAUCCUCUGGCGGCAGUACUGGAAGAAGAUACUGGGGAAGGGGACCUUCACGCCGGCCAGUGACGCCUGGGCCUUCGGGGUGACGCUGUGGGAGGUGCUGACGCGGUGCCGGGAGCAGCCCUACGGCCGCCUCAGCGACGAGCAGGUCAUCGCCAACGCCGGGCACCACUUCCGCGCCCAGGGCCGCCAGGAGUACCUGCCCUGCCCCCCGGGCUGCCCGGCGGCCCUGCACGGGGUGAUGCUGCGCUGCUGGGCCCGCGACGCCGCCGACCGCCCGUCCUUCGGCCUCCUGCACCGCCUGCUGCGCGACCACACCGUCCUGGCCUGACCUUCCUCCUCCUCACCAUCCUCCUCCUCCUCCGUCAUCCUCAUCAUCAUCCUCUUCCUUCUCCUCCAUCAUCCUCACCAUCCUCCUCCUCGUCCGUCAUUCUCAUCAUCCUCCU